UUUCCCGUCUUUACUUGCAAUUUCCCUCCCGUUUCGCGUUUCUCCAUUUCGCCAUUUUUCUUCUGCCACUGUUCUUCCAAUUUCUAACUUUUGUUCGCUAUUCUCUUUGUUUAAUCCUAAUCUCAACAAGUUCACUACUGCUAUCAAUCAUUGUCGCGAUUUUCCCUGUGUAAUUUAUUCAUUGAUUUCCUAUAUUUGAAGCUGGCGCUGCUUUUUACGGUAGAUCCUGAAUUUUUAAGGAAAUCAUUUUCGUUUCAAUCGGAGUUUUUGAAAAUCGGUGAAAUUUUGUCUAUAUUCUAUAAACCUUUCUGAAAUUACCUUUAAGAUUUGUGCAAUGGCUGGAGAACCUGAAGAAAAUGCAGGCCCUAUUGCUGAUACUUCAUCACUGGAUGCCGUAGUGGAGGAGAAUCCUAAAAAUGACAAAAAAUCAAAAAAAGGAUCAAAGAAGAAGGGGGUUUUCUCUCGAAUUUGGAAAGGAUUGUUUGGGUCUGGAAACGACGAUUUUGAGCGGAGAUUGGAGAGAAUUUCCAAGGAAGAAAAAACUGUUAUUAAUAGAAUGAGGAAGAGAGCUCAAAGGUGGGGAAGAAUGAAGCGCCAUAUUAUUAUUUUUUCUGUUCUCUUGGAGUUAGUUGCUGUGUGCUACGCAAUCAUGACAGCAAGGACAGCAGAAAACUGGAAGAUUCGGGCUUUCCGUGUUCUGCCAAUGUUUCUUUUGCCUGCUCUGUCUUCUAUUACAUAUACAGCAUUGUCUAGCUUCAUUACUAUGUGCGAACGUAAGGAUCAAAAAACAUUGGAGAAGCUACAGGCUGAGAGGCAAUAUAAAAUUGAUGAGCUUAAAGAGCGGACCAAUUUUUACUUAACACAACAGGUUAUUGAGCGAUAUGACACAGAUCCUGCAGCUAAAGCAGCAGCAGCAGCAUUCUUGGCAUCCAAAUACACUGAAGGAUCAGGAUUGAGACUAUAUCUUGAAGAGGAGGCUAAAGCCGAAGCUGGAAAAGGCAAUGAUGUGGAAUUGAUCCAACCCGGUGGCCUUAGAAACAGGAAACAACCUCAAGGAAGAGCCACUAGCCCAGGAGGCACGAUUGCUCAGCAUUCCGUUGAGACAUCUCCACAUGGUGGCAGUGAAUAUGCCCAGCAUAACCAGCAACUUUUUGUUGAUCACUUAAAAGGUCAAGGCGCCACAGCAUAUAAUAGUGGUUGGUUAUCUAGACUUGCAGCAUUACUUGUCGGUGAGGAUCCAACCCAAUGUUAUGCUCUUAUAUGUGGUAAUUGCCAUAUGCACAAUGGUCUUGCAAGUAAAGAAGAUUUUCCGUAUGUAACGUAUAUCUGUCCCCGUUGCCAUGCUGUAAAUGGGCCAAAGAUCCAGCAAGACCGUGCUUCUGGUACCGAUAAUCCAAAUAUGGUCUCUGCAGUCUCAGCAGACUACAGUCAAGUUACAAAUAGUAAUGUUGAUUCUCCAGGCGACAAAGCAGUUGGCACUAAUGAUGCGGAUACUGUCCCUGUUUCUUCGCCUGUUGAAGAUAGGGAGAAGAAUGAAGUAUCAGCGGAAGGUAAUGAAUGUUAAAGGCAUGAGCAACGACUAAUUCAAAACGUUUCCUAGUUUUUGAGUCGGUUUGGUUUUCCAAAUGCAAGGCUCCUGGGUUUUUUGUGAAAGCUGAUUGUGGUUUAACCAGUGAUCUUAAGUGAGGCAAGUUAAGUUUUAGUACGUCAAAGAAGCUUGUUGAGGCGAUAUGUUGUAGGUAAAAAGGAAUUUUGUAUUGAUAUGUAUGUUGUACUUAAGUUGUGGAAAAGCAUCAUGUAUGUGAUUAUGAUUCACUUCCAUGACUUUAUAUGAUGUUAUUUAAAUCACAAGUUGAGUUCAGAAAGUGAAUACUAUAUCUUAUGCACUAUCAUUCACUAAUUUCUUUUACAUCGAUUCCAAAUAGAAUUUAGAUAACAUUGAUUUCAGCUAAGCUUAACUUCUCUUCCAAAUGCAGCUUAAUUGGCUGUACACUGAUUUUGUUUUGAUUAUACUUAAAAAUAUAGACAGAAAGGUGUUGCUCAUGGUCCAUGGAUGAUACAAUGCAAGACUUAAAAAUUGCAAAACCAUAAGUUAAUACUUCCUCCGUUUUAAAAUACUUGCACCGAAUAUAUUAUUCUAUGCGCAUGUCG